AUGUCCCGUCUCCAAGUCUCCGACGCCCUGAACCAGGAGCGCGAAAGCUUCGACGAAACACUCUCAGCUCUCAACCAUCAGUUGCCUAUCAUCGAAUCCAAAAUCGACCAUCUCACGACCGCCGUCACCGAUAUCGAGCUUUUCCUCGAGCUUGCACUGGACCACCUCGAGGCACGUGAAGAAAAGGUCUUGUUCGCCAUUUCGAAAGUCGACAAAGCUCUGAUCGAUUCCGAUCAAACACAAGAGAACCGACCAGUUGAAUUCAGAAGCCGACCGCCCAAGCUACGCAAAGCACUUUUGGAGCGCGAUUCCUGUGUUGCUUCACUGAGAUCGGCGCGAAAAGACUACAUGGACCUCCAGCCCGCGGUUGUCGAAAAGAGGAAGGAGUUGAACGCGAUGACCGUUGCGCAGAUAGCUCUACGAUGCCACAUUCGAGAUGUUCGUGUAGACAGGGAGCAGUGGUUGAGAGAGGUACUGGCCAAGGUGGAAGAGGAGAUGAAGAGAACUCAGUUUGUUGCAUCCGAGUUGAAACGCCUCCCCUGGUGGAUGUAG